ACGUACUUCCAUUGCAGCAGCCCAAGACACACGAAAUGCCUCAACUCCACCUGUCAGGUCCACGCGCUGGGUCAUCGUCGAUUCAUCACCGGAACCUUUGCACAUACUACGCCUGUUCCGGAUUACCUCCACCCAGGUAUGUACUUCCUCGAGCACCUCGAGCAACGCCGAGGAUCAGAGGAAUUCACGGCGUACCUACGGGUCGAUGAAGAUCAUCCGUCGCUAUGGCAGGCCUACGACAAUGCGCCGCUCAGUGUCACAGCAUCUCUUUGUCGCUCCUGUUUGCCGCUGGUUGAGGCGUCCUCUCGCAUUAUCGAAUCGCCGGGUUUCGGCAACUGCGAAGAUCACAUCGCCGACCACCUCGAUAGGAAACUAGCUUCUCUGUUCGUAUCCGCCAGAGAUUGCGACAUGUGCAACUUCAUAACUCGGCAGCUCGAAUCUAGUAUCACGGGCGACAAAGAUAGAGUUACUUACAGAAUCAGCUUGAAUUGCUACCGGCCCUCAGCCCAAGCUUACGUCUUUCUUGAACUUCUCUUGUUCGGAGGGCCGCAGGAUGAUCAAGGUCCUUUCGGAGAAUUGUCGUUUGAUUUAUUUCAACGACGUAAACAGCCAGGUCCCAGUGGAAGUGAGAAGGUCAUCCAUAGAGGAGUCAAUAAGGUCCACACCGGAGUUAGUAAAGGCAGAACUCGAGGGAGUCUGGACUACACAGUCCUGGUGGACGUUUCGGACGGCUCCCCGGCCUUCCCUUUAAGGACCCGACUGGCGAAGGCCUGGAUGGACGAGUGCCGUGGCCACAAGGUUUGCAGCAAGACACUAGUCAAGGUGGCGCUUCCAAAGCGGGUUCUUGACAUCUCAUCACUCCCCUUAGUCCGCCUGUACGAGUCACAACAGGGCGAGGUAGCGCCUUACGCAACACUGAGCUACUGCUGGGGAAAGGGCCUGCCUCUUGCGACAACCACCAAGAACAUGGCGCGCCACACCGCUGGAAUACCCUUGUCAGAAUUCCCCGAAACCCUGAGGGACGCAAUCACGUUGGCGUGCGCUCUUGGGUUCCGCUAUCUGUGGAUCGACGCCUUAUGCAUCGCGCAGGAUGACAGGGCAGACUGGAGUGAGCAGGCCGCGUGCAUGACGGCCAUCUACCGGGGCUGCGCCCUCAACAUUGCCAUGUCAGAUGCGCCCAACUGCGAUUCGGGGGCAGCUCGUAGGUUGGACGAUGCCUCUCUGCUGCUCGGCUCCUGCGAGAACGGCAGCCUUGACGUGCGCAUCGCGGCCCAGCGCUACUGCGACCGCCUGGUAGCGGAUACUGCCUCUGAAGACGUGCUGUGGAGCAGUCCCCGCAGCGGCGCGUCGCGAUCCUUGUUGUCGACGCGGGGAUGGACCUUUCAGGAAACCCUUGUCUCGGUAUCAACUCUGUUUGUCACCUGGCGCGGCCUAGUUUGGGAGUGUUGCUCGGCCCUCAACUACGAGGAGGGAUUCGCAGUAGUAAGCCGUGCCUAUAUCCGCAAUUCCAGAAAGUCUCAAAUGAGUAUGAUAUCCUCGGUCUCCGAGGCCGCCGAGGAACGUCGGCAUCAUGAUUACCAGAAGCAUUGCAGGAGCUGGGCCAAAUGGGUAGCGGAAUAUUCGGGUCGGGCGCUCACCAUGCCGGGCGACAAACUCGCAGCCAUGGCCGGCCUCGCGGCCUACUUCAACUCGACCUUUGGCCUCACCUACGCAGCGGGGAUAUGGAAAGAGGAUCUGCACGUGGGCCUCACUUGGUCUGCAUCCGCCCCAGGGACGUUGGUCAGGCACAGAAACCGGGCCCCGUCAUGGAGCUGGGCUUCGGUCGAUGGUGCUGUCCGGUACCAAGAUUGGAUUAUGUUCACCAGGGCCGUCGCCCAGCCCAGCGUCUACCGCACUGGGGAUCAAGCUCUGACAGUCGUCGACGUGUCCGUCGAUGAAGACUCGCCAGGCGGAUUCGGUGCGGUUUCGGGUGGAAGAAUCGAAGCAGUUGCCACGCUCUACCAGAUCACGCUACGGCGAGACCCAGGGGGCGAGAUUCGCUCUGACAUGGAUGUGUUCGCUGGGUUCGAUUGCCGGCUGGACGAACAGGACGUGUUUGAAGAGACGCUCGACUCAUGCCCGUGCUGGCUAGCUCCGGUGUGUUCAGUCGAGUUGGACGUUACAUUCAUCUAUCUUCUUAUUUUGCGAGAGACUGAAAGCGGACUGUCUGAGUUUCGUCGAAUUGGACUGGCCUAUAGAUCGUUUUGGGGCGAUGAGAUCUAUGACUAUCCGGAAAAUGCCUUGGCUGGAGCUGGUGUCCGGCGGAGGAUUACGAUUGUUUAGGGUUGGUUUGCGCCAAGGAGGCAAAAAUGAAAAGACAGUGCCCAGUAACAGGAUUGAACUGUUGACCUUCGCAUAACCAGAUACUGCCUCUCGACGGUAUUAGUACGACGCUGCUAACCAAACUGAGCUAACCGGGCU